UUUUCUUUGAUGCUUGCGAUGCCUUCCAGAAUUGUGUACGUUCAUGGAGGUCGAUCUGUUCCCGCGCUUUGUUGUAUCUACGAAAGUCGGUCUUGAGUGGUCCCUAGUUGGGUUGUUUGUGUUGAUUUAAUUGUUAAUGCUUUCUUGCCAGCGUGCGGUAACUGUUAUACUGGGUGGCUGUGUUAGGAAUGGUGUAGUGUUUAGUUUAAAUUUCCUGUGUGAUAAUGUAUAAUUGACGUAUGUUUUGUCAUAGACAGAAGUAUAUUCCACUUUGAUGAAGAUGAUUCGCAAGAAUUCUAAAUCUCGUUGCAACUACCUCCUAUCGAGGGAGAAAGGAGAACGCGUCAAAGAUUCUUAUGACUUUGUUUUGAAAGGAAUUAAGAAAUCUUGUACAGCUACAGUGGAAACGGAAACAGAUUUAGAGUUUUGGCGAAGUCCAGUAUUUGCCAGUUAUUUCUGCCCACAGCCUUCAAAUGGAUCGCUUUUGGCUGCGGCAAAUGAAAUUGGCCAAGUUAUGUUGUGGGACUUGAGAAAUGAUACAUAUUUGGAUUCUAAUGCAGUUAAUGAUGCUCAUGACAACGCCAUAUUUGACAUGGCUUGGUCUCCCAAUGAUCUUCGGAUGAUAACUGCUUCUGGAGAUAAGUCAGUUGUCAUGUGGGAUUGUAAUCCUGACUUAAAAAUCCGGAAAGUAAAUACCUUUACAGGUCAUACUGCCACCGCAAAAACCUGUGCCUGGAGUCCAGAUAAUGCAGGUAUGAUCUGCACAGGGGACAGAAGUGGAGUCCUUUUUAUAUGGGAUACCCGGUCUGGGAAGCUAGAAAACCGCAUCACCAAUGCCCAUGAAAGAGCCAGAUUUUGGAAAGUUGGAAAGAAGCCACAGGUGGAAAACACUUCCAUAACUGGAAUAGUUUUUUAUCAACCAUUUAACCUAAUAACGGCUGCUGCAGGGACAGAGAAAAUUCGUUUGUGGGAUCUACGGAAAUACUAUGCAGCCUAUUCCAGAAAACCCCAGCCUGUCUGCGAGAUUAGUCAUAAGAAAUUUGAAGAUCAAUCCGGUUAUGCAUGUUUGACAAUUGAUCGAGAUAGGCAUAGAUUUUUUCUUUUUUCAGCUGCUGUUUUCACUGGUGGAAUUUUACGUUCAUUUUAUUCAAGGAGCUGUCUCAGCCCAGAUGGCAAAUAUUUGUUUAGUGGGUCCAGCACUGAAAAUGCAGUGAUUUGGAAUACAAGUGAAAAUGUUGGUGAUGAUGUUUGCCCUUUGAGGAAGUUGACAACGUCAGGUAUCGAAGUGAAUACUGUGGCUUGGUGUAAAUCUGGAGAUCGUCUGAAGAUUGGAAGUGCUGAUCUGACACCUCAAUAUUUUGAUAUGUCAGAUACUACGUUGGUUGGUGAAAAUGCAAGAGCAGAAAAACAACACUGCCCCAUCAUUGGCAAUGCGACAGACAUCAUAUACGUGGACUUUUCUAAAGCUGUCGGUAACAUUGCAGCUUUCCCAGAAUGUGAGCCAUGUGAAAUAUUUGCUAUUAAUGCAUCCAAUACAUCUUCAGAUCUUUGGGACUGUGAUAAAAUGGAAUCAGAAGAUAUGGAGUUUGAUGCUGAAGUAAGUCAAGUAAAGAGUGUACUUCCACCUACGACCCAAAGUAUUCAAAAUUCUCCGUUAAUUGCAAAUGUAUCAGUCCCGCCUAAUGAAUCAGAAAUAGCUAGUCCAACUCUUGAAACUCGGACUCUGUCAAAACUAUUCAUUAGUGCAGGCCACAAUAGAAAGAGAGUGUUAGAGGAAAUGUUGGAAAAUGAAUCUGAAGAUAGGCAAAACAAGAAAAUCAAAUUAAGAGGACGGUUAAGUCCUAGGAGAUUAUUUAUUAGUUCUUCUGUUAAUGAUGAAAAUUGUGAAUCUUUAUCAGUUCAAUCUCAUGUUACUAACAGGUUUGAUGUUAAUGACAAAGACUCUUUGGUAGGUGCCAGUUCUAGUGAGUUUAUAUCUAAUAGCGAAGAUGAAGAGAAAAACUAUUGUCAAUUUACUGCUUCUGAUACAUGUGAGAAAAUUCCAUUUUCUCCCACUUCAAAUUUGACAAACCACGCAUCUGAUAUGUGUGAGAAAACUCCAUUUUCACCCACAUCUAAUUUACCAAAUCACACUUCUGAUACGUGUGAGAAAACUCCUUUUUCACCUACAUCAAAUUUGCCAAACCAUGUUGUUGAUGGGACAUCGCCUUCACAUGUAUGCAAGCCUUACCGAAAAAAGCGCUUAGAUUGGCUUACUGAGUUACGACAUGGUAAAGUUAGUGAUUUAGAAAACAGUGUUCCUAAAAAAGUGACAGAACGUAAUUCAUGUAAGAAUGAAAACACUAAAAAACUUCACAAGAAAGGUCAUGAAAGCAUUCUGAAAUUUUUUCGAGUGUUAGGCAAGCCCACAGAUGAACAGUUAAAGUCCUCUCCUGGAUGCCGAAUUGUAUCAAAUAAUCAGUCAUCAUAAUAUUUUAUUUAUUACGUGUUCUGAAAGUGCCAUAUAAAUGUGACAAAAAUUUUAAAAAUAAAAUCGCUUCAAACUUUUUACGAACUAGUAUUGGAUUAUGACCGUACCUUGGAAGAAGAUAUUUUUUUAUUGACUAUAUUGUUGUUUCUGUACUGUGACAAUACUCCAAUAAUUGGGGUAUUAAACUGUUUUUAUUUUUAUAUGCAGCGUGUAAUUAAUACAAAAUAGUGUACAGGUUGUAAUAAUUAUGUUCUAAGUGUAAUUUAAAGAUACAUUUAUUUUACAAUGUUUUUCCCCUAUAUUUUAACUGCUUUUAACUAGUACGUCAGGAUCGGUUUUUAUAUAUAACUAAUAUCUUGCUUGUUUUCUUCAAGCAUGUACAGCAAAUCAUUGUCUUUGUGAUUAUAAAAUAAGCUUGUUUCAUGAAACUCGCUUCAAGGAAACAGCAAACAAGUCAAAAUUAUCGACAUGCGCUGAGUUAAAAGUCUGCCUAGGAUUUUGAUUUUUUUUACCAUUUCUACUACUCAUAAUUUUUAAAAUGUACUUUUGAUAAGUUUUUUCAUUGUUAAUUUUGCUAACAUGAAUUAGGGCCUCAAUUUCUGGAAUUUUUCUACUGCCAGGUAAAGAAUGUAUGGGAGUUAGUGUUAGUAGUGUGCAUGAGAAAGUUUUUGUCUAAAUUCUGCAAUUUCUCAGAGAACUCUGGCUAGUUUUGUAAUGUUCUUAAGAGUAUAUAAAAGUUCUGCUACAUUUAAUUCCUUAAUGCAUAUUACAUUAAUGUUGCAAUGUCUUAUUGACGAGUUCUGAACUUGACCUCAGUAGAAACUUUUGUAUUCCUCUCUUAUCUUCAAAGAGUUGGAAACUGACAUUGAUUUUUUUGUUUCAAGUUGACCCAAGUGCAAUAAGACUAGCAAAAAAAUGCAGUAAGGAACAGUUGAUGAAAGCAUUGCUUUAUUGUUUCAAUAGAAUAGUUAGUUGUUAAUGACUUAUUGGAUUUGGAAAUUGGAAUUUAAAAUAUAAUCAGAGAGGGGAGGAUUAUAUUAAUUAGCA